UGUCGAGCUACUGUGGAGACUAGAGGGCGGAUUCAAAGGCGCAGCUUCAAAAUAAAAUAAACUAGUGGCCUGUUACCAUCGUCUGCUCUCCGUCUUUUCCACGGUGUCCAGAACUUCAGGGAAGGCUCUGAGCAAGUGUGUCAUCCAGACAGUAUCUACCACCUUUGAAACGCCAUGGCCCCUAAUGCACGACAGGCACUGAUCAGUAAGAUCCAGGAAGGACUUUUAAAGUUGAGCAGAAGUCAACUACAAAGUAUAAUCAGCUCCAUCAAGGAUGUUAGCCUGGCAAAUGGCAUUGAAGAAUUAAGUGAUGAUGACUUGCGCAAGCUAGUUUUCGACUACGUGACAGGUGACCAGUUAAGGUCCCAAGAGGAUGAAGGCACGUCCGAGCUGCACCACCUAGAUGAACUCAUCACGCAGACUGCAGGCAAGGAACCAGCUCAUCUCCCGACGGAAGACCCAGGAAGUGACUCUCCGACUGGCCCUACAGAUACAGACCCAAAGCGGAGCUCUGUGGGUGUUGGGACAAUCGUUGCCAUUACAGCGGGAGCAGUAGGUGCAGUAGGUGCAGUGGUCUCUGCUCCUCUUGUUCUGGGGGCGAUGGGUUUCACCUCAGCUGGAAUAGCAGCUGGCUCCUACGCUGCAAGCAUGAUGUCUGCGGCUGCUGUGGCCAAUGGAGGAGGAGUUGCAGCAGGAAGCCUGGUGGCUGUCUUGCAAUCAGCAGGUGCAGCCGGGCUGUCGGGUGCUGCCACUGCAGCUGUGGCCAGUGCUGGAGCUGGUGCAGGAGCGGUUCUAGGAGCUGGAGCGAACCAGCUGAGACUUCUCUUUUCCCGGAAAUAAAGCAGUAAACUGAAUAAUUUCACAACUUCACCAGUAAUCAUUUCAGAUGGGUGAAUGGAAAAUCGCCAAACCUUUUCUGUCAGUGACAAAAAUAUUUUCAUGCUUCUGUAAACAGUGUUUAUAUUAUUGAAAGAUCCAAAUGUAAGAAUCUGAAAUCAACUUUAAUAAAAUGCAUUUGAGAGUG